ACUUGUCAAUUUUCUUUUGUCUUAUUUUAAAUAGUUUUUUAUAAAUGUAAUAUAAAUUUGCUGUUUCUGUUUCUCUAAAAUGGACAUUUAUUUUGUAGAUAAUGCUCGGCAAGAUGAAAUCGAAACUUUUUAUGAAGCUUGUCAGCGUCACAGAGACUACUACAGAGGCUAUGCAAAAGCACACCAUCCUUUACUAUAUUUUAAGGACCCAGAAUAUAUGUGGCAAUGUCCGCCGGAGAUGACUCCAACAUAUUUAUCGUUUCCGAUGUACCACGUCAAAUACAAGCAGCCUGUUGUUCUACCUGGCAACACUGGUCGAACCAGUGGUUUCCCCGCGCUGCCGAGCCGUACAUUGGCUGGUCGUUUUAACAAGGCGGCCUGUAAAGCCUUUGUUAGAUAAAAUAUAUUUAUAAAUUGAAAAAAUUUUCAUUUUAUUUUUUGAUAUUAUUUUUGUACAAACGUUUAUGCAGUAAAUAAACGAAUUGAUAAUACUGUU